AGCUUUUUAACGUUGUUCUUAACGUCUGACGAGCCAAUCCAGUUGCUGUACAGUAAUUUGGUUAAUCUAGCCAUAAUACUUAUUAAUACCAUCUGUAAAGAUUCCUCUGACCUCUUUCCUUGUUCGACUAUAGAUACUUUUUUUGUCUUCAGUUUAGUUUAUCUUCCACACAGGGUCUUAGGCAUAUGUUUAGUGUUUGCGGGCACCUGCGAGAAUUUCUGCUUCCUGGUUGCUAACUGUCUUUUAGCUAACCAAACUAUAUUGCUGUCUCAACGUCCAGAUAUUAAAACUGAAGUUAGAAAGACACAUGAAUGGGUCCAUGCCGUGGUAGCGUUAUAACUGACUGUAUUAACAAUAGCAUACCUUAUAAUAACUCUAAAUCAGACGGAUAGAUUAGGGUAAUAACUUAUUGAAGACCGCAAAUUGCACAGCAGCGCCAUAUAGUGCGCCAUUCGAAUUGCCAUUUACCUCUCCAGAUGAUCUGGCAGGACACCCAGCCAAUGAAGGCAGACGAUGACGCCAACAGCUCCGCCCCACACCUUCUCCCUGCUCUCUCCGAAACCGUGAUGCCUCCUCCCGCGGCCUCCCACCCUCCACCGUCAGCCUCCGGCCCGCCUCCCCCAACCUCCAACUCUUCCUCCUCCCCGCCUCCCCCAACCUCCAACUCUUCCUCCUCCCCGCCUCCCCCAACCUCCAACUCUUCCUCCUCCCCGCCUCCCCCAACCUCCAACUCUUCCUCCUCCCCACGCCUCCGGUCGUCCGCCAGCCCCCUCAUCUCCGAGGACCAGUUUGCCUGCCACUGUUGCUACGACAUCCUGGUCAACCCGACGACGCUGAACUGUGGUCAUAGUUUCUGUCGUCACUGCCUGGCUCUGUGGUGGGAAUCCAGUAGGAAGACUGAGUGUCCCGAGUGCCGGGAGAAGUGGGAGGGAUUCCCCAAAGUCAACAUCCUACUGAGGGACGCUGUAGAGAGGCUGUUUCAGGACGUUGUGGAGAGGCGCAGAGCAGAGAUCCAUGGGAACCCCAAAACCUCCCAGUGCCUGCUGGCCUUUCAGAGGUAUGGAGAUGAGCAGAUUGCCCGGGGACCCACCAGAAAUAGCCCUCGCAGGGGGGCAGGAGGCUUCUUCUCUGGAGUCCUCACAGCUCUGACAUGUGUUGCGGUGGUUCUUUUGGUGUAUCACUGGUCAAGUGGGGAUGGAGUCCAUGACCUUCUGGUCAGUAAACCAGUGUCAAAAUGGACCCCGGAGGAAGUUCUGUUUUGGCUGGAGAACCUCGGUGCCUGGGCCUCCCUCUACAAGGAUCCCUUCCUACAAGAGAACGUCAAUGGGAGGUUGCUGUUGAUGCUGGGGGAUGAGGAGCUGACACGUCAUCCGUACAACAUAGAGAACCUCACCCACAGGAGAGCGAUUCUCGCCGAACUGGACCGGGUCAAAGAGCUUGGCGUCAAACCGCCUCAGAACCUCUGGGAGUACAAGGCGGUGAAUGCGGGUAAAUCUCUGUUCCUGCUCUACUCUCUGAAGAGUUCCCCUCGCCUCACCAUGCUGUACCUGUACCUGUUUGACUACUCCGAAACCUUCCUCCCCUUCCUGCACACCUGCUGCCCCCCCUUCUCACCCGCCAGCCAGCCAAUGGAAGACGGCCUCCUGCCCAACAACCAGGUACAUCCCACCUGGCACCAGUGGGCGGAGUUCUUGGUGAAGUACCUCCUCCUUCCGUACCAGCUGAUUGCGGAGUUUGCGUGGGAUUGGCUGUCUGUUCACUACUGGACAUCGCGGUUCAUCAUUGUCAAUGCAGUUCUGCUGUCUGUCCUGGAGGGCUGUGCCCUGUGGAGGCUGUACAGCAGAGCGGCGAUCAGGAGCCUUCCUCAGAAGAUGUGGGGUCACUUCUGGAGGAUGUUCUCCCAGGGCUUCGCCUUCGCUCUGUUCUGGCCGGUGACCCCCCAGUUUGUGUGUAACUGCCUGUUCUACUGGGCUCUCUACUUCAACCCCAUCAUCAACAUCGACCUGGUGGUGCAGCAGGUCUUGCACCCUGAUACCCAAGUGCCGUGAGGGGGGUGGGGGGGGGCACCCCUUUCCCUGGCCAAGUGCCCUUCUGCUCGGAACCAGUGCGCCCCCCAGGGAACAGGGUGUCCGAGUCCCAGGAAGACUGGUCAGAACAUCAGCUAGUGCACACCUGAGCCGCGAAGGUCUCCCGGCGCCUCUCCGUCUUCUGUUGUCUCACGUCAGAUGGCGACGAACGUGGAGCCGUUUCCCGGGACAACGGGGAGACGUUUUUCCGUCUCGCCGAAUGCGGAAGUCUUCCCUUGAAAGCGUCGAUUCUGAUUCGUCAGCCGGACUGUGGUCUGGGAAUACUGGAAACCUUUCUCCGUGACUCUACAGAACGUCGCCGUUGUGCCCGGCUGUUUUAGUUGCGACGCCAUUCCCUCGUCGUUUUGUCAUUCUGUAGCCAAGCUUAUCCCGUGGGCGCCGGCUGGUCAUCGGACGCGUCGGUGCUGACCCGCUUUGCUAUCUGACGUGAGACAACGCCAUAAACCCAGCAUAAUGCACCUCAUUAGAGCGGCACUCACGCUGAUCCACAGCGUUUCUGUUAAAGGUCAGGCAAUAGGGUGCCCCUUGGGGACACGCCCCCUGACCCCACCUGAUGUGUCCAAAAGGUGUGGCUGAGUUAAAGUGUGUGUGCGUGCACGGCUCACUCUGGAUUCUCCAGCCACACGGCGGCUCGUCGGGACUCCGGAUGGACCUCCACGGACGCCAACACCUGAUGUCUUAAUGCUUACGCCCCCCCCCAAACGCCCCCCCUGUUCUGGGUGGCGGCAGUGCCCUGUGGGGAUGGUGGGGCGCAGAUAGGUUCUUUAUUAUUAACUGAGAGGGUAGUUUCUCUCUUCUGAAGUCUUAACUGCCUGGUGUGUAUUUAAUAAGGGAGGGGGCUCUGAGGCUACAGUCAUUCACAUUGAAGGGAAGAAGCUGUGUGUCUGUGUUGGUUUGUGCUAGCCAAGCAUUUGCUGUUGGAACCUCAUAGUACGCGACUUAAUGAGUUCACCCCAGGCCUAGUUUUUCUGAAGUCUACGUCUUAACUAUCAAAUUGAAUUAAAUCUCAUGGAUAAAGUUCAGGCAGAUGGCCGGUUGAAGACUGGACCCUGGUCUGGUUUCCAUGUUGUUGAGGAACUAGUCCAACAGAGGUCUUGGGUUGUUCUGAGGGAAUGCAAAUGCCUUCUUUUCACAAGGACCUUGUCUAUGGAUUGAUUUUAAGAGUUCAUUUUAUAUAUAUUUACGAACUUUUGGUUUCAAAUGAUUACAGAUAAUAAGGAAACAUGUUCUACUUACUGCGAUUGGAUGGAAGUUAAACACGAUGAUAUCCUGCUGUUUUCAUUUUCAGGAAGUAACGAGGUGUGCGUCCUAAAUGUCAGUCCCUUUCCAGUGCACUAGUUUGUUCAGGGUUCUGUGUGUGAGCCCUAAGGCUGUAGUCCAUAGCAGUGAAACAUAGGUUGCCACUCAGGACGCACACUAAGAUUUUUGUUUAGUUUUUUUACCAUAAAAGGGCUUCACCUUGAUUGGUCCUUGUGUAAAUGAUAGUUUGGUGGAUGAUGCUUCUGUGAUAAAUUUUCCUUUUAGUUUUUUUGCGAAGAGAUUCUUUAUUUGGUAUUCUGUUCAAAUUGGGCCUCCAGGUUGGUUGCCAGUAAUUUCACUAUUGAACAUUAAAUUUGUUUUUUUUCUGCUUUAAACAUUUGCACUUAAAGGUAUUUCAACCGUUUGUUCGUCCUCUCUGGGUGAACACUGUCAGUGUGGGAAACGGCCCCUAUUCCCUAAAUAGUGCACCUGGGCACAAGGCUCUGAUCACAAGAAGUGUGCUAUCAAGUUAAAGGGGUGCCAUUGGGAACACACACCAAGUUAUGUGCUGGAAUUGAUGAAUGAGGUGUAAAAGUGGUGUAAUGUCCCUUUAAACUGGACUAACUGCUCCAGUUAUACUGUGAUUCCUUGCAAUGCAUUGUCUGGGUCCUUCUGAUUUCUGACAGAAAAUGAAGACUAACGAACAAACAAAUUAAUAAAAAAUAUUUUUCAUCA